AUGGAGACCAAUCGUACCUUUCCUCCACCGCUAUUAAACGCACCUCGACGUCCUCGUGGCCGUCCUCCAAGUCGUUCUUGGGCCUUCUUUACGACCAUCGUAGAGCCUCAGAAGCAGCCGUCGGCUGUCUGUCGCCACUGCAAUCAAUUAGUGUACCACCGUCAAAAAUGGGGUCAGGCACGUUCCCAUUUGAUGAAAUGUCCCCAAUUUCUACGCUUAAUGGAAACGAUACCAUCCACUGAGGUGCCAGAGUGGUACUUCGCUGAGACAUGUCGACGUCAAAAUGUGGGAAAUCGAAACAAGACCAUGGCUAUUCCAAGUUUUCAGAAUCAGAUUUCGACUCAGUCUGUAUUAGCUUUUGACAUGACAAUGGUAAAUGGGGACCAUAUGGCAAUGGAAACUGGGGACCAUAUGGCAAUAAAUAAUGGGUAUUCAAUUAAUUUGGUAGAAUUGGAAAAAAACGUGGCAAUGCAUUUGUUUACGACGAUAGCAAUGGAAAAAUUAUUUGUAGAAAAAAUGGAGUUUCCAUUUUUAUUGCAAGCUGUCCAAGCUUGUAAUCGGGAUUUUGUACUACCAACCCAAGAAAAAAUAAUGACGGAGCUACUGGAUCGCUGUUUUGAAAGCGUGAAAGAAAGAGUGGACGAUUUUUUCAAAACCGGGUUGGUGCCAGUGACACUGUCGUUAGAGGCUGUGGCAACAUCAAGCUCGAAGAAAGAUUGGGUGGUGCGUUACAUGGCCAGUUUGGAAAAGUGUCCCAUGUAUUUGGAGUCUGUCAAUGUUCUAUGUAGUGAAGAGCAACGAGUUGACGUGGAAUGGAGUGUCAGAGAUGUGGCACGGGUGGUCGAGAAGUUGUCAUGUCCCGUUGCAGGGUGCGUCAUACCCUGUUCAUCGCUAGCAAGCCAGCGGACGCGAGAACUGCUAGAAAAGCAAUUUCCAGCCAUGUACUUUUACGGAUGUAUGCGAGAUGCCUUGUGGUCGCUUGUUCAAGACAUUUUUACAGAUAAUGAUGCAACAGAUAAAGAGUGUAGUAUCUCGGUGCCAUUUACUCAGGAUUUUCAACAAUUUGCACUGGAGUGCAAAGAUUUGGAAUUUUUCCUGCCGAUCCAAGCAAACAAAAUCAACCUAGGCGAGACCAUCGGGAGCAGCAUCAACGUCAUGCAUGUAACUGCGCGGCGGCGCUUAAGUAUUAAAGAGGCCUUUACCGCUAUUCUCCAAGCUGAACCCUUUCUGGAUGCUGACAAUGUCUUGAACCAGCUCUUCCUUUCAGGUUCAAAUGAAGCUAGCUAUGAUGAGUCGCGAUACCCGACCGAAAUUGAGCAUUUACAGAACCAGCUUGCCAAAAUUUUGCGCAAUCCACAAUUUGAAGUGAAGCUACGCAAGUUCUUAGACGUGCUGCGACCUAUUUACAGGCUACUGGAAUUAUUGGGCGAUGGCACUGAUGCGACUUCACUGCUCAUCUCGGAGGUACAUUCUUCUUUCUCGAGGCUUGCGCAGCAGUUUGCAUCAAGUACACUACUGCAAUCAGAAGAGAAGGAGACUUUGCAACAGCUUGUCCGACAUCACCAGGAGAACGUUUUGGGUUCGGCUCACGUUUUGGCCAACCUUUUAGACCCCGUGCUGCUGGGCGAAAAUUUACCAGUGGACACGAUGGAAAAUGCAGAACAAAAGCUGAUGUCUUCGCUCCGUGUCGAUGGCACUUGUCUCUCCGAGACUGACAAAGAAGCAUUGUAUGCUCAAUAUAUGGAUUUCAAGAAAUUCGCCUUGAACCAGAAGACCAACAAGGCAGAGACUCGCGAUUUUCGCACACUGAAAGAGCGGAAGAAAUCCCCCUUACAAUUUUGGUUUGCCGAUGGUGCCAAGUGGCCUGUGUUGCAGGCUAUCGCUUGCCAUAUCUUUGUUAUGCCUGUGUGUGCGGCUAGUUCAACACGUGUCAUUUCUGAUGCAGGUGUAGCACUACACCCCAUUUGUCAAAAGACAAGUUUUUCAGCUGAUAAACUAGUGUAUGUGCGAGUCAACACACAUCAACUGCAUGUGGCUGAGGUGGCUGGGAGCUCAUUAGUGACGGAGGCGCAGAAACCUCAAAGGAAAAGUAUUGCUAACGACAUUACGGCUUCAAUGGUUGUAUGA